CCCCCAUCAACAAGACUGUGACCACCACCACCACCACCACAACUACCUAACCAGCAAACCGACCCCCAAAACGAAACCCAACACUUUACCUUCUCUGCACUUACUUUUUACACGACCAACCUUACCACCAACCCUCCCCCCUAUAAGAAGAACCACCGACACAAGCCCAAAAUGGUCCGCGCCCUCAAAUAUCACGAAAAGAAACUCCUCCGCAAGGUCGACUUCCACACCUACAAGUCGGACAACAACCACCGCGAGUCGCAGAUCCGCACGCGCUACCACCUGCAGGACCCGCUCGACUACCGCAAGUACAACAACCUGUGCGGCUCGCUGCGGCAGCUGGCGCACAAGCUGACGGAGCUGGACCCCGCCGACCCCGUGCGUCGCAAGCUCGAGGCCGACAUGCUGGACAAGCUGUGGCGGAUGGGGAUUCUGAAGCAGAGCCGCGAGCAGGGCGCCGGCUUGUCGCGGGUGGAGCGCGAGGUGACGGUUUCGGCAUUUUGCCGGAGGCGGUUGGCGGUGUUUAUGGCGAGGAGUGGGAUGGUGGAUAAUAUUGUUGCUGCAUGCACAUUUAUCGAACAAGGCCACGUUCGAGUCGGAACCGAAGUCGUCACCGAUCCCGCCUACCUCAUCACCCGCAACUUGGAGGACUUUGUCACCUGGGUGGACAGCAGCAAGAUCAAGAGGACGAUCAUGAGCUAUAGAAACAAGAUGGAUGAUUUUGAUUUGUUGUGAUGAUACCCGCACCCGGUGGUUAAUAUGGUGUUUAGGCGUUAGUACAUUUAUUUCGCAAAAAGUUUCUUCAUAUUUCCAGUCAAGUCUAUAAU